AUGGCUGCUGAACCGCAGCAACAGCAACUGAGUGGUUUCGGGGAACAGUUGGACGGCGAGGGAGGGGCACAGGGGGAGCAGGGGUGGAAUCGCGAAGAAGAGGAGGAGGAGGACGCAUACGAGGAUCCCGAAGAGAUGAUUAGGGAGUUCGGACGGCACCCCAUGAUGGACCGCGUACAGGAGGCACUCUACAACCAGCUGUUGCAGACUUACGAGAGAGUUAGCGAGGAGCUACGAGACAAGGACGCUGACGUAAAGAAGCUCCGCAAGCGGCGUGAGUUCGUGGGCGUUGAGCUCUACGCCAUGCAGCAGCAGUUGGCAAAGCUUCAGGUGGCCCUGGAGCAAACACACGCCGACUUCAACGGCCUCGGCGAGGGUAGGGCACGGGCCGAGCUGGAUGCCGACGCAGCGAAGCAGCGCUACUUCGAGCUGAAGGGGGUCGGUGACGCCCUCUCGAAACGGCUAAUUAAGAACGAGUCAGAGUUGAACUCUCUCCAGGACACCCUCCGACAGGUUGAGCUGUACAACGAAGAGAUGAAGGACGAGAUCCUGGUGACAAGGCGAGCCACGUACAAGGCGGAAGAGGCCGUCUCGAACUUAGAGAAGGACAAGGGGCGACAAGACCUCUUGAUCGAUGGCCUCAUGGACCAGGUGAAACGCCUACAAGGGCAGGUCGCCGUAGCCGAAGCUCAGAUCGGCAUGUCUCAGGGGCAGACGGGAGAGGCCGAUGGAAUGCUCCGCGAGACGGCGCACGAGAUGUCCCUGAUCGCCUUCGAGAAGAAGCAGCUGCUGCAGCAGUGGAAGGGAGCGUUGGUAGGCCUGGCCCGACGGGACGAGGCUCUAACCGCCGCGUCGAACGCUCUUAAGGAAGCUCAGUCCGCCGCCAGAGACUACGACAUCGAGAUAGAAGGGUUGAAGAGAGAGACGCUUAAGGCGCAGGAGGAACACGAGGGACUGAUCGCCGUCAGAGACCGCCUGGAGAGCGGUCGUGCCUUUGUCGAAGAACAGCUGGCCAAGACGAAGGAGGAGCGAGAUUCUUUGGCGGAACGCUACGCUAUGCUGCAGAGGUCCCUAGCACAGUCCGAGGAAGACGAGGAAAAGCUCGAUGCCAUGGGAACGCAGCUGAGGAGCCAGGUGGACAUGCUCUCCAACCAAGCACAAGCCCUUACGAGGGAGAGACAGAAGUUAGAGGCAGAAGCGGCAAAGAGAAGGUCGCAGCAGUCCACCACGAACAAGGCAGUCAAGAACCUGGUUCGCCAGGCGCGCGCCGUGGUGGAGCAACUCCAUGAGAUCGAAAUGGAGGAGGCCAACCUCCAGAACGAGGAAGCGCGGGUUCGAGUCGACUCCCUCAAUACCGAGGCUCAUAACCUGCAGCUGAAGGAGACUCUGAGGAGGAGCGAGGAGGAGCUGAACAGCAAGGACCGCCUCAUCGAGAAGUAUCAGACCGAGAUCAGGCAGCGAGGCGACGAGAUCGAGAAAAAGAUGUACAGCGUAGACCGGUUGAACCGGCAGUACGAGAAGCUGAGGGAGGCGGUGGAGGAGCCGGAGAACGUGGGGCCUUUGGAGUCGUCCGUGAAAAGCCUGCAAAAAGAGAUAGCGGCGCUAGGUGAAGAGAACGCUCGCAUGAAGCACGAGUGGCUGGCGGACCAGACUAAGCUUGUGUCUUCGGCCAUGGAAACGGAGCAACUGGCGGAAAAGAACGGAGAGUUGCGAGCGCGCUGCUCCAUCGUAGGACAGCGCAAGGCCCGCCUGUUGCAGUCCAUGACUAGCGACUUGGCAGAGUCGAAACGGCUGCGGUCGGCCAUCGAGGGGAUGCACAUGGACAUGGGCAGACUGAACGACCUUAUCGGAAAGAGCGGAAGGCGGGCCCACGAGCUCGACGAUGCCACCAGAGCCUUGGAGAGGGAGUUCGUGCAAGAACUUAGAGAUUUGGAGGCCGAGAGCGUCGCGCUAGAAGGCCGGAUCCGGAGCGUGAAGGACCUCAAGGCCGAGACACUGGAGCAGAUCCUGGAGGCGGAGAGACAGGUUAUGCUAUGGGAAAAGAAGACACAGCUCGAGAGGGAGACCCAGGCCGCCCUAGACCCAGGAGUAGGAAAGAGUGAGGUCCGCACGAUGGAGAGGGAGAUCCACCGCAUGCGCAUCCGAUUAGAGGGGCUGAAGCGGGAGCAGGAGCGCAUGAUCCAGGAGAUGGAAAGAGCCAUCGCCAAACGUGAGCAGAUCGCCGUGAGGCACAAGGGAAAGAGCGAGGCCGCGGCCGGCAGAAGUACCAAGGCCCGGCGAGGCAUGCUAGCAUCUGGGAACGGGGCGGCGGGUAGCGGGCUCGGCGACUUGACCACAACGGCGCUCAAGAAGAAGGUGGUGUCACUCCAGAGGCAACUCAAUGCCUCGGCGGAAGAAACCCUCCGGUAUACGCGAGCCGCCGAGGACAGGCGGAACGAGGUGGGCGCGCUGUCGAGCAGCCUGCAGGAGCAGGCGGCCAGGGCCGACGAAACUGCUCGACGAGGGGAGGAGCUACGAUCCAGCAUCAACUCUAGUUUGUACGAGAAACAACGGCUAGCGGAGGUGACCGCCGUCAAGCAACGGCUAGCUGACAACCUUCGAGGCGUUGCCAAGGGCGUGAUGAAGCCCGUACCCGCGCACGAUGCAAUGAAGGUGGAGCAGGCGCUACUUACGUCGGAGAUUCGGCUGGGAGCGGUGCGGGACGUCAUCGAAUCAAUGGCGGAGAAGUUUCCGCACCUGCGAGACGUUCUCGGGCGCCUAUCAAGACUCUCGGAGGACGCUACGGAUUGA